AUGGAUACGCUGCAGCAGUGCCUGAUUACGCAGGCCCUGUGGUAUUACCUCGUUUACAAGGGCGGAGGCAACGCGCCGGAUCAAUACAUUGAGAACUGGAGCAUCCAAGCGCAGGGUGUACCAUCGGCGAUCCUGACCUUUACCGUUCUUCGUUAUACGACUACUGAAGUCAAGAAGUACUGGACGUACAUCGCGCUCGUGCCGGUAUUGCUAGCCUUCGUGCUCUCGUUAUACACUGCCGUCAAGAGUUUCUCCGCGCCCACGCCACUUGUGUACGUCUUCGACAGGAACAGCGGUUCGAUCGAUGAGGGGACCACUGCCUUGCUUGGGACGGCUAACGUAUCCUGCCUUAUCGCGGAUAUAGCGAUAGCCAUUAUAGGCUUCUACCAGCUGUUCAGUCGUCGUUCGAGGACGAUGGGCAAUACCAAGGGUGUCGUGAAUACCCUCAUAAGGUACACGUUGACGACAGGGCUGCUAUCGAGGUCAGGGAUUUCCCAGGUCCGUCCGCUCCGUUUAUAUGACGAGCGGUCUCCUAGCAUCAUCACCCUGUUAUGUCUUAUCCUUUAUGUCGCCAAUUCAGGAGUCACCUACGGCUCCCUGCUCGCAGCCUUCUUCGUCCAUGCGAAGAUCUAUGUGAACUGCAUGCUAGCGGCGCUGAAUAACCGCGGACAGCUGCGCGCGCGCAUCGGCGGCACCGUGAAUAUCGUCUCUCCAUCCGACUUUGAAUAG